UUGUUGGCAAAACCUUCUGCUCUUGUGAGUUGGCUACAAUGACGUCUCUGCUCCUGCUCCUGUUUGUGGCUCCGCUGUUGACCUGCUGCAGAGCGGAGGACGAGCCUGUGGACUGCAGUGAGAUCUUGCACCAGAACCCAGAAAGUGCCAGUGGAGUGUACACCAUCUAUCCUUUUUUGAAAACUGUUCCUACUCAGGUCUACUGUGACAUGGAAACACAUGGAGGAGGCUGGACAGUGUUCCAGGGGAGGAAGGAUGGUUCAGUGAACUUCUACAGAGGCUGGGAUGAGUAUGUGGAGGGGUUUGGUAAUGCUGAUGGAGAAUACUGGCUGGGUCUAGAAUUCCUCCAUAGGAUCACAGUUAGACGGGACCAGGAGCUGCUGGUUGAGCUGGAGGAUUUUGAGGGGAACAAAGCAUCUGCUCGUUAUUCUUCUUUCUCUGUUGGAGGUGACUGUAAUGGAUACAAACUGAAUGUGUCUGGGUUCACUGAUGGAGGAGCAGGUGAUAGUCUAAAUCGUCACAACGGCAUGAUGUUCACCACUUUUGACAAGGACCAGGAUAAUUAUGAUAAGAACUGUGCUAAGUUGUAUCUCGGAGGUUUCUGGUAUGAGAAAUGCCACGACACCAACCCCAAUGGUAUUUAUCGCUAUGGUUUGGAUGGCACCAUCUUUGCUAUCGGAGUAGAAUAUAAAACAUGGAAAGGGUACAACUACUCUCUGAAGUCCAUCAGCUUUAAGACACGUCCAGCUCUAUAGAGCUCCAGGACAUUUCAUUGUC